AUGUCCUACAAUUUGUUUGAAAAAAUUGAGAAACAUCUUUAAAUUAUAGGUGUUCCGUAGAAUAUGAAAUGAAUGCAUACAUUAAUAGUACAAAUUAAAGUAUACUGAAAAGCAGAAAGUUAAAAAAAGACGUUAGGUGCCAAUCCGUAACUAGCGAGUACGAAAAACUUUGAUUACUCUCGCAAAAGGGGCUGCAGUCGCCCAUUUCUUUUAUCUUCGUCUCUGACUCUCUCUCUCUCUCUAGUCCCUUACUUUCUCUCUCUACGCUUUUUCCGAAUAAUCCAUCCAUCUUCAGUCAUCUCUAUAUCUACAAAGACGCCAUUCCGAGACUUUGUAAUAAAAUUUACUGUAGGAUUAGGAUUUAUCGAUUUUGCAGUCGGGGAGCGAAAUUGAUUGAAUUCCGUGAAAAGCGGCGGGCGGUUUGAAUUUCAUGUUGAUGGCGUCGUCGAGGGUGAUCGCGUCCAGGUCACCGCCCAAUUCGGAUCUGCCGCGUGACUCCCCAACCUCCUCCAUAAAUAUCCACUCCGAUCAAGCAGCUAGGGGUUUCGGCUCCAUGAAUAUGGACGAAAUCUUCCGGAACAUCUACCCCGAUUCCACCUCAUUCGACAACGGCGCCGCUGGCGGAGAAGCUGCCUCGGGGGGAGGAUUGUCCUCCGUGGACGGCGGAGACGGAGGAGUGAGGAAUGGCGGCGGGAGCAAGACGGUGGAGGAGGUGUGGAGGGAUAUCGUCACCGGCGGCGGUGGCGGUGGCGGCGGCGGGGUGAGCGGAGGAGAGACGGCGAUGACGCUGGAGGAUUUCCUGGCGAAGGCGGGGGCCGUGAACGAGGAGGACGUUAGGGUUCCGGCGGUGGUGACGAUGCCGCCUCCGCCGCCGGCUGUGGGGGGUUUUGGAAUGGAAGGUGUGAUGAUGAGUCCUGCGCCGGGGGUUCCGGCGGUUCAGUUUGCGGCGGCGGGGUGUGUGCAGAAUGUAAUUGGUGUGGAGUUUGGUAGUGGGAUGGCGGCGGUGAGUGGUAGCGUCGGAGGCGGUGGGAGAGGGAAGAGGAGAGUGGCAGUGGACGAAGUGCCUCUCGAUAAGGCGACGCAGCAAAAACAGAGACGAAUGAUUAAAAAUAGGGAGUCUGCUGCUAGGUCCAGAGAGCGGAAGCAGGCUUAUACCGUGGAGAUGGAAGCAAUGGUGACAAGCCUAGAGGAGGAACAUGCCCGGCUUUUGAGAGAAGAGGCUGAAUUGAACAGGGAGAGAUACAAGCAGCUGAUGGAGAACUUAAUUCCAGUGGUAGAGAAGCGAAGACCUCCUAGACUUCUGAGGAGCACACGUUCCAUAUAAUGGUAGGUUUUCACUCUCUGGGUGGCUUAUAACGAUAAAGAUAUUAGGAAGUAGGUCUUGGGCUGGCAUGGAGCUCCAGCAAUGUCGCGAGAGGACGUUCUGGCACGGGCUAGAUGGACAGUUAGCUACAGACGUACUAGUUAGUGUUCUCCUUCAAAGGGGAAAUUCUGAAUGAAAGCAGUCUGAGAUGUAAAUCAAAUCCACAUGUUGAUCACUAUACUGUUUAUAGACGACAUGCUUUUAAUCAAAUUGCAGUUUCUCCAUUUGAAUACCGCUUGAUUGUAUAAUGAUAUAUGUAACAAAAAUUAAUUUGUUUAUUAAAUCUCUAGUUUAUAUUUAAA